CUCACCUCGAACGCCAAACCCACCAAAGAAUCAGGUUUCUCUCUCCUGUUUUUGUCAGAAUCAUGAGGUACGGCGUACUGUUUCAUUUGCUGCUCCUCCUGCCAAUGUGCUCAGCUUACACUUACCAAAACGUGGCUUUACGUGGCAAAGCUUCACAGUCUUCUCAGUACAAAGGGGAUCCGUGGAAUGCAUUUGUAGAUGCUUCCAAUGCCAUUGAUGGAAACCUAAAUGCUGACCUUACAAAGGGAUCUUGCACCCACACUGAUACUGAAAACAACCCCUGGUGGAGAGUGGACCUGCUGGACUCAUACAUAGUCACCCAGGUCGUCAUCACCAACAGAGGAGACUGCUGUGCACAGCAAUCCAAUGGUUUGGAGGUUCGCAUCGGAAACUCUUUACGACAAGAUGGCACUGCAAACCCACUGGUUGCUACCAUUUCCUCUAUUGCAGCUGGAAGCUCUUAUACAAUAAAUUUUGCUGAGCGUGUUGAAGGUCAAUAUGUGAUCAUUAUAGCCCCUGGUGUGAGCAGGGUUCUACAUGUCUGUGAAGUGGAGGUCUACGGAUACCGCGCUCCAACUGAAGAAAAUGUGGCAGUUUAUGGAAAAGCUUCACAGUCAACAGUUUAUCCUGGAGCCUUUGCCUACUACGCUAUCGAUGGGUAUCGUGAAGGCCUCUUCAGCCAGGGUUCCUGCAGUGCCACAAAUAAUGACUAUAGCCCCUGGUGGAGACUGGACCUGGGAAGAACCCAUAAAGUGUUCAAUAUUAACAUAACCAAUCGGGUAGAAGUUCCCACUCGAAUUAACGGAGCUGAAAUUCGGAUUGGAGAUUCACUUGAUAACAAUGGAAAUAACAAUCCCAGGUGUGCUGUGAUCUCAACCAUCGCUCCAGGUUUUACUGAAACCUUUCAGUGCAACGGCAUGGAUGGUCGAUACAUCAACGUUGUCAUACCUGGAAGAAAUGAGUAUCUCACACUGUGUGAGGUGGAAGUGUACGCAUCUAGACUGGAUUAAAGUUUUCAUGACAACACUGUGGUUUAAAGUUAAAGCUGAAUGGAUAAUUUUGACCACUAGAGGGUGUUAAAAAACUUGUGAAUAUCUGAUUGUAUUGAAAACCAAAAUAAAACUCACUAAGGGGAAAGCAGUUCUGAGCUGGGGUCAGCCUCUGGUGAACCAAUAACGUGUUUUUGGGAAACUGUCGUACGCUUGAUGGGUCUGAUUUUGUAAGAUAAGCAACAACUGGAGACUACAGAUAGAAAAACAAGUAAAGAAAGAGCAGUAAACUUAUUAAUCGAUUUAAAAUGAAGAGCUAUAAUGUCUAACUCUUGAAAAUCUUCUUUUGAACAGAAUUUGUCCUACUGAUUAUCUAUAAUGAUUCAUCUUAGUACAAGAUCUCCUAAAGGAGCUCUCAUAACCAAACAGGAUUUGACAUUUUAAUGGGAGUUGACAUAAUAAAUUAUUUGCCCACUUGUAAAUUAAUUUCUAGUUCUGCCACUGUUUAACAGUGCAUUGCUGCUUAUCAUCUUU